GCGCGUAACAGCGAAAAAGCUCAGUCGAUGCUCUUCCGGUUCCGGGCCCAACAGGCCGCGGACCUCGGAAUCAUCGACAUCGGCCGCACCCGGCGGCCCAAGGCCAUCACCUCGGUCGACUCGAUCCCCAUGUGCGAGAAAUGGCGCGGCCAGGUGCUGAAGGAGAUCUCGCGGAAGGUGUCGCGCAUCCAGGAGCCCAGCCUGAGCGACUACCAGAUCCGCGACCUGAACGACGAGAUCAACAAGCUGAUGCGGGAGAAGUGGACGUGGGAGAUGCAGAUCCGCAACCUGGGCGGGCCCAACUACAUGCGGGGGUCCGGCCGCGUGUUCGACGACGACGGCCGCGAGAUCCCCGGCGGCGGCAAAGGGUAUCGGUACUUCGGGCGGGCGAGGGAGCUGCCCGGUGUGAAGGAGAUGUUCGAGGCGGCGGCCCGGCGCGGUCGGCCUGCCGAGGAGGAUGAUGCGGAUACUGCUGGUGGUGGUGGUGGGGUUAAGGGGAGGGGCGGCGAUAUUGCGACGAAGAAGGUCGAUGCCAAUUAUUUCGGGUAUGGGUUGGAUGAGGAGGAUGGCUCGCUGCUGGCGUAUGAGAAGCAGAAGGAGAAGGAGGCCGUGGAGCGUCUGCGCAAGAAGGGUGAUGAUGGGGACGAUGGGUGGGAGCCGUUGCCGGGCGACGCUGGGGACGGGGUCGAGUGGAGGCUGCCCAGUCUGGAGGAGGUGCAGGAGGAGCUGGUCGACCGACGGAGGAGACGACUGCUGGAUAAGAUCUCCUGA